AUGGCACCACCACUUAAAUACACCUGGCUAAAAGACGGAAAGCUUUUGAAAGGGAGACGACUGGACCCAUACCUCAACACCUCAAUUUGGUACCUUAAUUUGGUAUCCAAUCGAUAUGGCAGCAUAAAUCAUACUUACACGGUUAUAGUUCUAGGUAAGAACACGGCUGCAUAUCUUCGGCGCCAUUGUAGACUCGUAGUUUAUCUCUCAACGGACAGCCGAUUUUUGAGACAGUUUAAUGCCCAUUCUUAACAAACUUGAUACCCCAUAUUAACAACUAUAAACGCACUGAGAAAAGGUUGUACUCGGUGUAAAGAGUUUUAUAGCAUUCAACUCAUGGCAAGGCCAACACAACAGAGAUAGUUGUAGAAAAAGUAGAAGAUAGACCCCUAAGCCCACUUCUCUUUUCGAAAAAAGGGUAGGUAUUUUACGCCUCCUUCAAAUUGUAACGGAGUGAUGAAAGAGACAGCGCCAACAGCUUAUCGUCACUGACCAGCGACGUGAUCUUCUGACCACAGCCUCUCCGAUCUUAUUAGAACCUUACUGGUACCCAAGCUAAACCGGUGCUCAUCCAACUGAGGAAAAAGGCGGCUAACCUCCAGGGGGGACUUCCAUAUGAAAGUGUCGGGGAUAUUCGUCGGAAUUAAACCCUAAGAGAGACCAAUGUGGGUGUGUCUCAAGCUUAAACCGACCCCUAAAGGAGACAACACACAAACAGACAUAAGAGCUAGAGUGUGUCGUGUUCUUUUUUAAACAUUACACUUCUGUGCGUUCAGUGUCAAGGCGUUUUUUUAAAUUUCUUUAUGCACAGCCCUAAGAGAUACCGGAAUGGGCAAAUAUGGUGACUUUCUGUCCGAAGCAUCCGUAGUGAGACCGAAAUCUGCAAUGUACACCCCAAACGAGACGACGAGCACCCCUAUCACUUUUAUAUGGGAAUCCCCUCUGGGCUAAGCCCCAAACAUUGAUGCCGUUUGAUAGGUUCUCGAUGAAUAAGACAGUGCAGUUUUCAGCGAAUGCUUUAUCUUGUUUAAAAGAUGCGAACCGUUUGACAAUGUAUGGUCUUUACAUCUCUCAAACUGACUCCAUAAAAGUUGAAGGACAGUUGAGGCCUGGCAUUUAACCGGGUGUUACGGUCGUGAGGAGGCAGAGGUUCACGGUUAUUCCUUAAAAACGAAUUACAAAAUGGUUAAAUAGUACCAUGUAAAAUAAUCUUACAUGUUUUUCUGGGCCAAUUUGGCUGUUUCCCGUCUAAGUUCUCCGUUACAAUACGACUAUUUCACGCGACUAACUCAGCUGUUUUAAAAGAGAUCUGUAUAUUUCAACGAAUUUCCUUGAUCGUUUUUUUAACAGGUAAACCACGAACUCGACCUAUCCUGCGAGAGGGCCUUCCAGAGAACACGUCUGUAGAGAUAGGGAAAAAUGCUACGAUGAAAUGCCUUGCCGUGGCCAGUGGGACGCUUCCAAGUUUUAGGUGGCUAAAAUGGGACAAAUCUUUCACAUUUGUGUCGAAAAUAAAAGACAACUUAAUAGAAGGGCCAUAUCGGCCUAUAGAUUUACGAUAUUAUCAUUCUUUGCAAUCGGGGGACGAAUAUGGUUCUGAGGUGACAAUUACUAAUGUCACUGAGGACGAUUUUGGACUCUACACUUGUUAUGCGAGUAAUCACAUUGGAGCGGAAUAUAACAGCGCAUUCCUCAGCAGAUACGUGAGGCCCACUACUCCUUCUAAACGAGGUAGGAAGUUGUAAGUUGUGUAUGAAACCGGAAUGUUAACCGUGAGUUUUAAUUUUACAAGCAUUUUAUCCAACCUGUGUUUACCACAAUACGCAAUUAGUAUGGCUCGAGUUAUGAUCUGAGCCGUCGGAAUUACCUGUACAUAGAAAAUAUAUAUUACAGAGCACGUCUUCUCCUGGUUCAAUGGGGAGCGAUGCAGUUUGGCCCCUGACACCAGAGGCAUGUUUAGUUUGUAACAGUAAGGUAAGUGUUUCCCAAUCACUCUGGAGAGAUAAAGCGCUUACUAUAAUGAGCGGACGUCUGGGUUUUACUCCAUGUUACACUCGGCCAAGUUAAAACAAGAAUGCACUAGACAUUGACGAUCUCACCGAAAACUAGGUGACUUAAAAGAGUCUACAGCUCUUCUAUUUUAGCAAAACCAUUCUUCUCUGAAGCUUUAAAAAGAGCAUUUAGAACCUAUAAACGCAUACUCAGUUAAGGGUAAGUGUAAGGCAAAGGGAGCACAACCUUUUAAGAGAUUUUGGAAAAGAGACAACUGGAAGAGUACCUCAACACCUCAAUUUGGUAAUAAAGUACCUAAAGAUGGCGGAGAAUCACACUUGUAUGAUAUCUAAUCGAAAUGGCAGCAUAAAUCACUCUUACACGGUUAGAAUUCAUAAUCAUGGUCAGAGGCACAGUCGCAUAUCUUCAGCUCCUUACUAAGAUCGUAUGUCUUUAUUUGUUUGUUAUUUAUUAUUCACCAGUCAACAUUUUAGACGACAGCCGAUUUUGAGACAGUUUGACACCGAGUCGCAACAAAUUUGAUACCUCAUACACUGAGGAGGGGCAAGUUGUGAAGUAUAACUGGACUUUACUUUUUGCUUUUGCUAUUUCUUUCAACCUCUGAAAAGUUAAGGUGGCUACGGUUUCCCUCUUUUUUGACAGUUUUGACUUUAAAAGAAAACAAACAAGCAAACAAACAAACAAACAAACAAAAAACAAAAAAGCAAGCUAAAGCCAUAACAGCACUUUUGUAGAGUUGGAUUAUACAAUGAAUGCUUAACUUAAAACAACUAUUAUUUCGUCGUUAGCAGUUACCAUGGCAGCCUAUCUAAAGGAUUAUACGGACCUACUUUUUAGCUUCCAGUACUGAUAACUAGAAAACUAAGCAGGUGACCCCUACUUUUUGGGGGCGACAACUUUUGGCAUUAGAAAAGGAAAAUGCACAAAAAAAAGAAAGAUCAGACUUUUAGCGAAAGGGGAAAUAGGACAUUUUUUUGCCGUAGAAAUUUCCUUCUGUAGAAUUUUUUCAUAAAAAUAGGGGGUCACCGGACUUGUUUUCUUGUAAAAUACUUCGAGAUUUCACAAAUUCCCACGUGUGUUCUGGUGGUUUUAAAAUCUGAAAAUCUGAAUUCUAUAAGAACAUGGGUUACCUUAUUCGAGGUGGGCGCUAAUUCGAGUUUGGGAGCUUAUUCGAAUAAAUACGGUACUCAUGCACUGUUUUGACUACCGCUGACUGUUGCGUGCAUACUUGCAAGCAUCAAUCGAGUUUGUUUACAGUCUUUGCAGAGAAGAAAAAAAUUAUAAGCUUCCAUUUUACGAAUUGUUAUUAUGUUUUCCUGUUCACUGUAACGUUUGGUAACGUGAAGCAUCACCUUCUGGACUCACUUUUCAACCUCAAGAGACAAAGCGAAGUGACAAAGACAAAAUUGUUUGCUGGAGACUGUCAGGAAAAUCGACUUGAAGUUUUUAAUUUCCUUUGUCGAUCUUGUAAGGACUCUACACAGCAGCUUUGGGGGUAAACAUGAUCCAAAAGACAAAAUGUAGCCAAGAAGAUAAAGUGUGGUUAAUUGUGGUAGAAUUCUAGUUUAUUAUUUUUGUUGUUGUGCUAAUACUUAGUGCACAUGCAAGUAUUCCUUUGAGUUACGCUUUGAGCGCAGAAAUUAGGGUUUUACAGUGUAUAUAGAGUUAGAUAAACCCGAAUUUUAUAUAAGACAGGCCAAAAGUAACCUGGUUUAAAUUUUAAAUUAAAACUUGCACAAAAAUAGCCGCGCGCCGCCAUAUUUGUUUUCUGUAUCUCGCGCUUUCAAAAGUGGGGUGAUAUGCUCGCGCGCGAUGGACUCCCCACGCGAGAAAACUAGUAGGAGCCACCAUAAUAUGUCCAGAAGAGGUCGUGAGAAAAAUGAAAAAUAAUUCCUGGAUUCCCACUGACCAAAAGCAACUGGUUUAAUUGAAGCCCCUCUUGCCAAAUUAAAACUGGCUCUUGAGACACCAAUAAAGUGUGAAACAAUUUUUUUUUUAACUUUCAAAACCGGUCGUUUCGCAUAUUGAGGUAGUUGUUGGUGGUUUGGUAUCAGUUUGCCUUGUCCUCAUCGCUGUCGCAGUUUCAACCCAUCUUUCAUUUAAUCUGUCUGGAAAUUCACUUUUUUCGAAAAAAGCACUGCUUACAUAAAUAGUGCUUGCUGAAUUGGUCGAAGAUACAGAAUCGAGGAGAUGACGCAUGACACGAUCAUUCACCAAUUUUAGCAAAAUACCAACAGACACCAAAGCAAAACCGUUAGAACUGUAGACUCUUAUAGGACAGAAGAAAGUUACUUGAAGGCCUUGGAAGUAGCUUGCUUUGUUAACUUGAGACGAACUUGAGCGGAACAAGUGUCGACGUUCCUUAGAAAGAGGAUUUUAGACAACGACAACCCAGUUGAAAGUCCUUAUUUGAAAAUCAGUUGCUUGAAGAAAGUGUACUCGAUUCUCAGCUGCUAUCUUUGGCUAAUCCUUCAUUUAAAGUUCAAGAUGGUGAUUAAAUAUGGUGAUUGAGCCCUUCACGCUCUUUAUACAGGCAUUAGUAGAUUAAAACCCUCUUUGGCUUGUAAAAUAUUCGAUAUAUUAUCCUAUAACUGUAAAAUUUGGGUAGCUUACAAGAAACAAGAUUUUAAAACGUGGGAUAGCUCCCCCACUGAAAAAUUCCACUUGCACUUCUGCAAGCGAUACUUGGAAGUAAGUAAUAAGUUAAGACUUCUAAUGCUGCAUGUUGAGGCGAAUUAGGUAGAUUUCCAUUAAUAGUUUAUAUCAAUGAAAAACGUCUUAACUACAUUAUGCAUCUUUUUGAGAAAGAUAGAGACUCUAUUGUCAAACAAGCAUUUACUUGUACCUAAAAAUAUUCAUUCUAAUGGCAAUACUAGUUUUCAUAGUAAUAUUACGGAAUUGUCCAAAUCUAAUAACCUACCGGAUUUUGUUCCCAACAAUUUAGAUAAAACCAAAAUAUCAAAAGAUAAAGUUUAAAAUAUUCUAAUGAAAUCGAAGACGAGAUUCACUUUCCCUGCUAUCGCCCCAAAUAUUUUAUUUUAUUUUAAACAAUAUUUAGUCAGGGGUGCCCAGUUCAGCGAGGCUGGUUUGAAUGGGGCCCUGGUGAAAAGAAAAAAUGACACAAAAGACAAUUUCCGAUAAAAAAUGGAACAACUAAGUAUAGCAAAAGUAUUGGAGGCUCAAUUUGGCUUAGAUUUAGUGACUUUUUAGGCCAAACCCAAACGUUUUUAAAUCGUGCUCGCUCCUCAGGGCGAGAGCAAGCGUGUUCCAGAUCUUGGCUUCGCUGAACCUACAUCUUAGAAAUUAGAAAUGAAUUUCUCGCUCAAAUACAAAGUCAUCUCCAUAGUUUUCAGCAACUAUCUUAUACUCGGACCUGGUGAUUAAACUGAUGAACUCCGAAGAUAUUUAUCUUAAUUUACGAUUGACGAAUUCUACCUCGUCAUCCGUCCUAGUCACUGCGGAGCUACAUGAGAAGCAUGCGCGUGCUAGCUAGUCAGUACGUUGCAUGAGUGCUUUCCAGUCGAUCGCCACAGUGUUAGACUCUGAGCAAUGUUUCUCCAUCCAGAACGUUAUCUCCUCUUGCUAUUGCCUUCUACCCCUCGGAUCACGUUAGGUCAGAUUUACGUGAGCCCGCCUGCUUUUUGUGUUGAUAAUCGGCGAACCAUUUUUCACAUACAAGCAACUCAAUUAUGCCAAGCACAACGGACCCUUCUGCAUGGGCGCCUUCUGUUGAGAGCCCACCAGGCGAAACAUUAGCCCCAGCAGGUCUCACCACUGACCUUGAGCAGGCCGUCAGUCUUUUUGGGGCAGUUAUUCUAAUUUUUCCCCCACCGGGGAAUGUUCCCGAAAUGCGCGGGAAACCGCUUCACAUUGCCCACCGGGUGAGAAGGAUCGAAAAAGGCUCCGAAGCGAUUGCUCCUCUUCUAAGGAAGAAGAGACAAAGACAUCUCGGAAGGAUUCGGAUGACGCGAUACGCGCCUCCGAGGACGAGAUUCAGGACUUGCUUGUGAGCGAAAAUGGGGGGAACGCGAGCGCACAAACACCACAUGACAACGCAAAUGCUUUUAAAAGAGUUGACUGCAACCUUUAGGGACGAGGAAAAGAAAAGGCGGCCCAUCAACAAACAAUUCGCCGAAAUGACCGACAAACGUUGGAGCAAGAAACUUGUCCAAGAAGAGGUUUCGAAUCUCUUGACGGAAUACGACCCCCCUGAAAACUGUGUAGAAAUAUCUGCCCACGCGUUAACCCAGAAAUCUGGCUAUUCCUUAACGCGUUCAAAAGGAAAACCGACCUUCGGUUUGCAAAUAUACAGCAAGCCCUCCAGAAGUUAAGUUUUGCCACUUUAAAAAAAGCGGGAACACUUAUCAAAAUAUGUGACUUGAGUGCCCCAACAAGCAGAGUCGAUGUUGUGGCUUUAUUAGGUCAAGCAGCAAGCGAAUUAUCUGUUUUGCGACGGGAACAACUCAAACCCUCCUUGAAGCCUGAAUUCCAUGCUCUAUUUUCUUCGGAGACGAUGUCCUCGCAGAAGCUGCCAAUCGUGAAAGACUAAGCGAAAAAGAUCAGCGAUGUCAAAGAAACCCAUCGUCUUGGAAAGAAGGUAUGCUCCUUUAAGGGCCACAGCCGAGGAUGGUGCGUCGCGUGUCCUUCCCCAAAAAAGGCGGUCGUGCAUAGGAACUGCCCUUGUUGUGGCUUGGGUUUUCUCUUUUCGCUGUGCUAUAUGCCCGGCAGCCGGGAAGGGCAACUAAAUGCCCGGCAGUCAGAAAAUUUUCUAGAAUGUCUGCAAAAUCGUUUUUUCUAAUGGUUUGACAGUAUUCUCAUCGGGCAGAAUGGCUGGACAUUUAAGCAUAGUAAUAGCGGCGGGCUAUUCAAGCAUGAACGCCCGACAAAAGCGCCACAAUAAGAGAGAAAAGGAACGAAUUUGGCGAAGAUCGCUUACUACGAUCGCCAUUUUAAAAUACUUAUAUUCUACUUUUUUUUAGAUAAAACAGCGGCUUUUUGUAGUUAAAAGGCUUAAUCUUCAACAUUACGUAAAAGCCAGGAAAAUUUAACAAGAUUAACUUGUAGACUUUUUGCUUUCAAAACUCUAUUUUCGGUGUUUUUAGUAUGGGUUAAGACCGCAUUAAAAUUCAGUUUGGAUUUUUUUUGUCCAAAUAAGCGACAAACUCCGUAUAAAACAACGGAUUACGGAAGAUGCACAUCUCCCCUACACAUUGAUAGCUUUUUCACCUAAAUUUAAGCAGAAGAAGUUGUAGAGUUUUACCCUUAAAAACCCUAGGUUCAAAAUUCGCGCGUGUUCAGAGUGAAGUCUUUGUCUUACAGUAUAACAAUGGUUGCCAUGAAUAAACAAUGAGCAGCUAAACUUCAUCGUUAUAACCUAAAUGCAGUUAUCUGUAAACAGAGUGUUUAUGCAAAUCGGCUGACAAAAUAAGGGCUAACGACGCGCGAAGUUUGAAUACUGAUCGAUACUGCUGGCUUUACGUUUGUAAACCACCAAUGGAUGUCGCCUAUUAGACAAAGAAAGGUUUCUCUUUAUCGCUUUACGCUCAGUGACUCCAACCAGCCACUCUACAAAGUAAAAUUCGUUUGUAAAAUUGGAAUAGAUGCGAACACUGAAUAGCCUGUGUGUCGAACUUUCUUCCGACUGCUACUUGGAUCGCUGACCUCUCCUCAGCUCUUCGGCGGUUUUAUCAGCUAUACGCAGCUAUAUGUUGCAUAUUCCAAACUCUGCAGAGGAAAAUUGUUUAACGGAAAAAGAAAACCACACACUAUGUCUGAAAAGCGACAUAAAACCAAAAAAUUUGGGAAUUACCAAAAUGUAAUAGUGAGAAACAGUCCCACCUUGGCCGCCAUGUUUUUGUUUCUUCUCAAAACCGUUGGUCUAUGGUUUUUGACGUAAUACAAAUGUAUAUGAGUUAGUUUUAGUGCUAUUUAUUUUUUCUUAGCCGUUUUCUUAAGCCCUCUUGAUGUGUUUCAGGUGCGUACCUUCCUUGAGAUAGCUUGUGAUCUUUUUCCGAUCUAUUUUCCAUGUCUCAUUUGAUUUUUAGUGAUCGUCAACGGAGCUCAAUAACACACGUCUCGCCUCGCCUCGCUUCGCUCAUAAAGCGGCUGUCAUGCAGGCUAGUAAACAAGAUUUCAGAUGCUUCCGCAUAAAUGUUCCACAUGUGCUCACCAGUUAAAUUUUGACCAAUCGGAGAUGAAAAUGGGACGUAUAGCGUGACCACGCUAGGCAAAGCCAACUGCCUUCCCUGUCAGUAAAAACUAGCUGAAUUUUCGCGUCCGAAGUCAGAUUUUCAAAAACCCAGGAGUCAAUUCAAAAGAAGGUUGAGUUUGAUCGUCCGGGUGAACGUAGUCCUGAAUAGGACUGUUGUUGUUGAGAGUGACUAACGUUUCGACAACCUGUGCAGUAGUCAUCUUUGGAGUCAAAGUGAGUUGUAUCAGGUCAGUUUCACCCUAGGUAAGACUCUGCCAUAAACCAAGAUUGCUGCUCCUUAAUUAUAGCGGGGGCUCGACGUGGACAAACUCACAAAAAAACUAGGGAACUGUGAAGAGUAUAUACUCGUGUUUGCUUUAAUUGACCUUCUUUUUUUUUAGGAAAGCCUGUCUUCUCCGACCAAGAUACCUUAAAGCCUGUCUUCUCCGACCCAGAUACCUUAAGAAGAGCAUUCAAAGCCUGGCCAGCGUCUCGCUCAGUUAAGCUUAAGUGUGACGCGAAGGGGACACCACCACUUAAAUACACCUGGCUAAAAGACGGUGAGCUUUUGAAAGGGAGACGACUGGACCCAUACCUCAACACCUCAAUUUGGUACCUUAAACUGAAAGGUCUGGCACCUAAAGAUGCUGGACAAUACACUUGUAUAGUAUCCAAUCGAUAUGGCAGCAUAAAUCAUACUUACACGGUUAGAGUUCAAGGUAAGAACACGGCUGCAUAUCUUCGGUUCCAUUGUAGACUCGUAGUUUAUCUCUCAACGGACAGCCGAUUUUUGAGACAGUUUAAUGCCAAUUCAUAACAUACCACAUAUUAACAACUAUAAACGCACUGAGAAAAGGUUGUACUCGGUGUAAAGAGUUUUAUAGCAUUCAACUCAUGGCAAGGCCAACACAACAGAGAUAGCUGUAGAAAAAGUAGAAGAUAGACCCCUUAGCCCACUUCUCUUUUCGAACAAAAGUGUAGGUAUUUUACGCCUCCUUCAAAUUGUAACGGAGUGAUGAAAGAGACAGCGCCAACAGCUUAUCGUCACUGACAAGCGACGUGAUCUUCUGACCACAGCUGCCUCUCCGAUCUUAUUAGACCCCUACUGGGGGUCUUGCCGGGGUUCUAACCCGUGACCUUUCCCAAACUAAACCGGUGCUCAUCCAACUGAGGAAAAAGGCGGCUAACCUACCGGGGGGACUUCCAUAUGAAAGUGACGGGGAUGUUCGUCGGAAAAUUAAAAUGAAACCCUAAGAAAGACCAACGUGGGUGUGGCUCAAGCUUAAACCGACCCCUAAAGGAGAGAAGACGCAAACAGACAUAAGAGCUAGAGUGUGAGUGUUCUUUUUUAAACAUUAGUGUAAAGGACAAGACAUAAGAACAAUACCUUUUAUUGAUUUCGUGAUUUUCAUGCUUUGAUCCUAGUUACUAGCGUAGUUACAAUGUUUACCUGAUUUUCUAUUGGUUUUGUAAUGAGAUAUUUCGGCGUCCCCACGCGGGUAUAAAAGCGCGCGUUAGCGUCCUUUUGGUCAGGAAAGGUCAAGUAGGAUUCGCGUCGUAACAUCGUUUUUGUGGUUUGUUUUAACCUUUGGUACAAGCGGGACCGAUAUGUAAGUGAUUUCUUUUGUUAUUUCUUUUGUUUAGUUUCGUUCUUUAGUUUGUGGGCAAAAGUACACGAAUGUUACUGUACAAGUAUACAGAUUUAAGCUUAAUUGAUUUAUAAUUGUUUCAUGAGCGAAAAGCGGAUUUGAACGCCUGUAAGAGCAACGCCCACACUUUUACUUUAUAGUACAAGGAUUAAGAUCAGAUUUAUGGAAUUAUUGUCUAAUUUCAGUUUAUGUAGCUUUUACGCAGAUUUUACCGUCUUGUUAUCGACCUAAUCGUCAUAGAAUCGCUUUAUUGCCGUUUUCAAGCGUUAGCUUGUUGAUUACGCGUUAUUUGUCUUAGUAUCGCCCUCUCGCCAAAAUUGAUAGAGAUUUUUGUAUUGUUAUUUCAGUUUAAGGUCAAUCUUUGGUCUAUAGAUUUUGGUCUUUGGAAUUUGGAAUUAAAUCACCGUUAACCGUCACCUUUGGUUUUCCGUGGUUUUCUUGUUUUGCCGACCCGUAAAAUAGUCCCUAACCUAACCUGCUGCGACACCCCCCUCGACGUUUCGUUUCUCGUUUGUUUGUUUGUUUGGGUCGUCGCCAGCCACAAUUAGAUUUCUGUGCGUUCAGUGUCAAGGCGUUUUUUUUUUUAAAUUUCUUUAUGCACAGCCCUAAGCGAUACCGGAAUGAGCAAAUAUGGUGACUUUCCGUCCGAAGCAUCCGAAGUGAGACCGAAAUCUGCAAUGUACACCCCGAACGAGACGACGAGCACCCCCGUCACUUUUAUAUGGGAAUCCCCCCUGGGCUAAACCCCAAACAUUGAUGCCGUUUGAUAGCUUCCGUCGAUGAAUAAGACAGUGCAGUUUUCAGCGAACGCUUUAUCUUGUUUAAAAGAUGCGAACCGUUUGACAAUGCAUGGUCUCUACAUCUCUCAAACUGACUCCAUAAAAGUUGAAGGACGGUUGAGGCCUGGCGUUUAACCGUGUGUUAAGGUCGUGACAAGGCAAAGGUUCUCGGUUUUUCUUUCAAAACGAAUUACAAAAUGGUCGUACAGUACCAUGUAAAAUAUUCUUGCUUGUUUCUCUUGGCCAAUUUGGCUAUUUCCCGUCUAAGUUCUCCGUUACAAUACGACUAUUUCACGCGACUAACUCAGCUGUUUUAAAAGAGAUCUGUAUGUUUUAACGAAUUUCCUUGAUCGUUUUUUUAACAGAUAAACCACGAACUCGACCUAUCCUGCGAAAGGACCUUCCAGAGAACACUACUGUAGAGAUAGGGAAAAAUGCUACGAUGAAAUGCCAUGCUCUAUUCAGUGGGACGCUUCCAGAUUUUAGGUGGCUAAAAUGGGACAAAUCUGUCACAUUUCUGUCGAAGAUAGAAGACAACUUAGAAAAUGCGCCAUUUAAACUUAUAGAUCCACAAUAUUAUAAUUCUUGGCAAUCGGGGGACGAAUAUGGUUCUGAGGUGACAAUUACCAAUGUCACUGAGGCAGAUUUUGGACUCUACACUUGUUAUGCGAGUAAUCACAUUGGAGCGGAAUAUAGAAGCGCACUCCUCAGCAGAUACGUGAGGCUCACUACUCCUUCUAAACGAGGUAAGAAGUUGUAA